AUGGCGCAAAUGAUAACCGACAUUGCGUCACCCACCGUCCGUUAUUCCAUUUUCAGCCAACUCGUAAGCCUGUGCCUUCCGUAUCUCGCUACUUGUUACGUUGAUAAUGUUUCUUCAACAAAGAAAUGUUUAUCUAUGCGCUUUCAGGCCUUGAGAAUUCAAACAUAUCUAACUCACUCUCAAUUCGACGGCUGCCAAAUCUGCGUAGUACAAGUGCUUGCGACAAUUAGUAACCGCUACGGCACCAUGCUGGCAACUGGACGCAAGAUGCAGACGAGCUGCCAGGAGUGUAUCGAUGUGCGGGCGAAUAUAUGCGCCGCAACAGUCAACAAUAUUGAUCGCAUCACCGACCGCUAUUGCAUUGAGCCCCACCCGUUCUCCUCGCUCAGGGUAAAAGAGAGCUUGUCAAAAAUGAAGGUUAGGCCCAUGAUGCAUGCGUUUAUCGCGUCGGCGCUGCUCGAUCAUGGUGGUAGAAGGCAGACGAUGAUUACAGAGACAUUACGGCUGGUGAGGUUCCCGUUAGAAGCCGUCGGAGUUCGGAAUAAAAUUCGGCAGUUAUAUUCGACGUGA